AUGAAGUUCCUCAGCCUCUUCACGCUCACAGCAUUGAGCUGUUCAACAGCUCUUGCCAAAUCUCACUUCGUCCUCAAUGAUCGCGAUUUCACCCUCCCAGACCGCCACCUUCUCCGCGCUCUCGCCCGCCGUCAACACUCAAACGGCACUUCAAUCUCCGAACUACGAGCUUUAAGUCUCGACGCAUCCCACCAGUUUCUCAACACCCGUCAGACAACCGGCCGCUGCGGAGCCAACUACGGCCGCUGCGGCGAUAACCUCUGCUGUUCCGACUACGGCUACUGCGGCGACAGUGUAGACCAUUGCUAUCCCGGUUUCGACUGCCAACCAGCUUAUGGACCGAUGCAGGCUGGGGUCCCUGCUGCUCUCAAUUCUUCUGGUGCGGUUCCGGACCCGAAUACUGCGCACCACCUCUUCUACCACCAGCAGCAUCAGGAUCACGACGACCAGUACUACGUCAACAACCAGUACCCGGACCUCAACGACCACGUCUGCAAGACCAACCUUCACGCUACCGCCUGGUCAAGUGUCGAGUAG